UUCAUUUUAAGGAGUCCAGCCUGAGUCGUUACAAUUGCUUUGCUGACACAUUUAUACAAAACACAUUAGAAUUUCCUUGAUUUUGGCCUUGUGCCGUAUGCCGCUUAUGACAUGCUCCAGGUCCUCUGUAACCUUGACUGAGAUAAGCACUUAUAAAAUGAAUGCAUAUAAUAUUUUGUCUAAGAAAAGUCAAUUUACAAGUUGUUCAUCCAAAAUGUGCAAUCAUUUGUUUAGAGGUGGAACUGGUAUUACAUGCUGACUUCCAUUAUGAAACUGAUACUUGCAUUAUAGAACUGAAUCUAGACUAACGGAAAUUGUGCGUCAUCACUGUCAUCCUGUGUGACAAAUAUGUUGGUUGACAUUUUCCUGCACUACAAAGAAUGUAAUGACUGUUUAUGAGAAAUGACAAAACUGACAAUGUUGUGUCCUUAUCAAAGUGUUUUAGAUCUAUGGCUUAUCUUCUCUGUGUUGUUCUACUUACAUCAAGGAUGUUCCACCCUGGUGUCUGUGACCGAGAAUCCCAGCAUUAUUGUCUCACAACUGGAUGGUAAUGUCACUUUGAAUUGCCAGUUUUUCCACACUUCUGACGAGAUGAUAACGGGACCCAUUCUGUAUUGGUAUUAUGGAGCAGAUAUGUUUAUUUACCCUAAAGCCUCACCACAGUACCAGAAUCGGGUGGUGGUUCUUAAUCUUGACUUGAACUGCAGGAACAGUUCCAUCAUUUUGCUCAGAGUCCAGUGGGAGGACAGCAGAAAGUACCACUGCAUGGUGUCCUAUGAGAGAGCAGGCAUGGGUGCCAGGACCAGAGGACAGGGAGUCAUGCUUCAAGUUCAUGGACCCAUGACCUUUAACAUUUCUGAUGAGUUAAAACGCAAACUACAGUGCAACAUCGAAGUGUCUGGAAACUCCAAUUUAUAUCUCACCAUGUUCCGUGAUGGGAGAGAAGUGGCCCGAAGCCAAAAUGACACCAGUGACCACCACACAGGACUGUCAGCACUCAUUCCAUUUGAAAAUGGCAGGGAAUACGAGUGUCAGCUCAACUUGGGCUCCACUGUUGUUCUGACCCGGUCAUUCAGGUUGCAGAAGCCCCAUGCACAGGACCUUCCAGAACCAGUCUUCUUGUAUGCCAUCAUUCUUCUGAUUCCCCUCAGUGUCCUCCUCUUUUUUCUUGUGAUUCUUCUCAUCCGCAAAAUAUGCUGCAAAGGCUCUGGAUUCCCAUGACUGUGCAUAGGAUAAGCAUGUAUAAAAGAUGGAUGGAUGGAUGGAGACAGGUACAGAAUAAAAAACCAUAAAUAUGGAUUUAGGACAGGAUGUCUUCAAGUGCCAUUAUUACAAACUCUCAACUGCAGAGUUCAGACAUGAAGGUAUUGUAUUUUCCAAUCUAAACAUUUAAAACAUGAAGUGCUAGUGUAGAGGUGUACGGUAUGACUGUGUCUGUUUGUAUGUGUGUGUGUGGAUUAUGUUUAUAUUAUAUUGUGGGGACCAAAUGUUCCGCACAAUGUGAUAAAAACCUGCUAUUUUGGCGUUGUGGGGACUAGUUUUCAGGUUCCCACAAA